UAAAGUUAGCUUUGUUUAUAGAGAGCUGACUGUAAUCUGUAGUGAUAUUACGGCAUGGCUUCUCCUGCUGUAUAAAUUGUUUAGCUUGGGAUUAAAUGUUUUUUUUUUUUAAUAAUAAUUUAUGAUUUUUGUUUGUUUGUUUGAGUUCCGGGACAAAGUCAAUUUGCUGUUUUAUUUAAGAGCUCAGACAAAAUAAUACUAAAUACAAUUUGAUGUCAGUAUAUGUGAAUGAAAAGAGGAUUCCGCUAUCCAGUUUCAAACUAAAACCAGUGAAGAUGGACGUCAGUAUCUCCGUGUCGUUCUUUCAAGACGAGCUCGCCUCUACCAUCGAGCACGCAGUGAAAGCGGCUGUAGACACCGUCUUGUGCGAAAUUACUAAAGUUGUCGGCGGCAAAUUCAGUGAAUUCCAAAUGGAAAUGUCUGGAAAGGAGAAAGAGAAUGAAAUUCUGAAGCUGAGAUUGGAAAUAUCAGAGAGCGAGUUGAAAGCUGUGCGAGAAUGCAUGAACGCUGCAGGAGCGGAUAUUAAACAACCUCUAAUAUUUCAAGAGUGCCAUGAUAUCCCUGAAUCUGAAGCACAGGAGGGGCCACAGAUAGGAGCAGAUUACACACAAGAGGAGUCCUUUGACCAGGAGUGGUGUGCAAGUCUAAUGCAGGUUACAGAGCUGACAUGUGUUAAAGAUGAAGAGGUCCCUCAACAGGAACGUGUUUCUAUUAAAGAGGAAUUCAUAGAACAGGAAUGUGUCCCCAUCGCAGAGGAAGUUCCUACUGAAAAUAAUAUUUAUACAUUUGAGAAGAACAACAAGCUGGGAUCCAACCUGUGUGAUGAUCGUCCAUCUGAAUGUGAACUGGGAUUUAGAGCUUCUAUAGUAGAUGAAGGAGAACACGACUCCACUCCAUCACCACACUGCAAAAACUCUUCUAAUGGCAAACCACAGCACAAGAAACACAGAGAGAUGACAAACGAAGAAGAAAAUGUGAAGAAAUUGAAAACUCACUCAGUUAAAAUUCCUUCUUUACAAGACAGACACCCACUUACUGUGGAGAGUACAGAGACUCCACAUUCUGUCUGGUUUAACAGUUCUGAAACCCAGGGCAACUUGAAGACCUUGCCUUAUUCUGUUACAGGUGUGAAGAGUUUCUGUCAAUUAGGCUCUCUAAAAACUCACAAGGGAAAUCACACAGGAGGGACUCCAUUGCCCUGUGCUGAUUGUGGGAAGAGUUUCAAACAUUUAUCAAAGCUUGAAAUCCACCAGCGUGUUCACACAGGGGAGAAACCUUAUCACUGCACUCAAUGUGGGAAGAGAUUCAGUCAGUUAAAUGACCUUAAAAGACACCAGCGUGUUCACACAGGAGAGAAACCUUAUCACUGCACUCAAUGUGGGAAGAGAUUCAGUCAGUUAGGAAACCUUAACAUCCACCAGCGCUGUCAUGACGGAGAGAAACCUUUUCAUUGUGCUGAAUGUGAGAAAAGAUUCAGACACUUAGGAUACCUUAAAAUCCACCAGCGCAUUCACACAGGAGUGAAACCUUAUCAAUGCACGGAGUGUGGGAAGAGUUUCACGCAGUCUGGAAAUCUGAAGUCACACCAGUGCAUUCACACAAGUGUGUAACCCUAUCCCUGCACUUCAUGUGGGAAGAAGUUCAGUCACUUGGAGUUUCUUGAAGGGCACAAAAUCAUUCUUAGCAUUCAGACACUUGGACACCUAAACAGGAGCAAGCAUGACUAAAACACAGAAACAUUUACUGAACAGUAAAGAAUAAACAUGCAUGAUAAAUCAUCACUCCUGGUCACAAUUACUCAAACUUACACUGAUGGAUGGAAAUGUGGAUGGAAAUGAUGAAAUACUGCAUCUUGUUUGGACCAUUCAUCAUCUUGUUGACCAUUCUGAUUUUGUUGCAUCACAUUAGUAAUCUAUUCAAUUGAUUUGUAAUUAUGUCUGCAAGUUUCCACUUUUCUCCCUUGCAUUGCUGAGUCUCCUAGUUUGAACAUUAAGAUUAUUAUACAGUUGUAGUCAAACGUUUACAUACCCCAAUGGAAAUGUAGAAUUUCUAGAAACAAAGAAUUUUAAGAAAUCUUUUGUAGCAAAAGUUUUGCUUUUGUGGAUGAGGAUAGCAAUGCAAAAAAUAGAUGUCUACAAUUAUUUAUUUCAGUAAUUGUUUUGCAAAACUUCAAAAAUGUUAAUUCAGAAGUGUUCCUACCCUUGGAUCCUAUGUUAGUAUUGUCUACAAGGUGCUAGAGAUUUCAAUGUAAUAAUGCUGACCCUAAUUCUAAAAAAGUCUAGAAAAUGCUGGAUUGUAGAACAUUCUUAGAGAGUAUAAAAUGGUUAGGCAUAGAAUGAUUGCUGUCAUUACCAAUAAGUAAAUAUGGGAAAAAGUAAAGAGCUAUCUGAAGACCUUAGGCAGAAAAUUAUUUAUUGUCAUAAAGCUGGAGAAGGAUACAAGAAGAUUUCCAAGCAUUUCAGUAUCCCAAUUUCAACUAUUGUUUCUAUUAUCAAGACAUACAAGACUCAUGGUACUGUCGCAACGCUCCCUCGGUCUGGAAGAAAGUUCUUUCACCAAGAACAAGCAGAAGAAUUGUGAGAAACGCUAAUAAGAAUCCGAGAUUGACUGUCAAAGAUAUUCAAAGUGAAUUGGCUGCAAGUGGGACUGGGGUUUCCAUUUCAACCAUAGGUCGAGUAUUGCAUGGUGAAGAUCUCAAUGGUCACAGGCCAAGGAAGAAGCCACUCUUAGGAAAACAUCACAAAGACAAUCGCUUAAAGUUUGCAAAACGGCAUUUGAAUGAUGGCUACGAGUUCUGGUCAAAGGUUUUGUGGAGUGAUGAAACACAGGUCACGCUGAUAGUAGUUAAAUUUGGAAAAUGGAUAAAGUCUGGUGAGGCGUACAAAGAAAAGAACACCAUACCUACUGUCAAGCAUGGAGGUGGUAAUAUCCUUCUGUGGGGCUGUUUUUCCUCUAAUGGCACAGGAAAUUUAGUUCCAAUACAUGAUAAAAUGGAUUCCAUAGCAUACCAAAAGAUAUUGGCCAAUCAUCUGAAACCCUCCGCUACAAAACUUGGUUUAAAAGGCAACUGGACAUUCCAGCACAACAACGAUCCAAAGCACACAUCAAAAUCUACUUUAGAACAGUUAAAUAAGAAUAAAAUCAAGGUUCUGGAAUGGCCUAGUCAAAGUCCCGAUCUAAAUCUGAUUGAGAAUCUUUGGUACGAGUUGAUGAAGGCUGUGCACAAGAGAAGUCCUUGGAAUUUGAAUGAACUGGAACAAGUUUGUGUUUAAGAAUGGCCACAAAUCACUAAAGAAUCAUGCCAAAAGCUAAUUAACAAAUAUCCUAAUCAUUAAAAGAGGUUAUUAUUGCUAAAGGUGCCUCAACUAGCUAUUAAUUUCAAUUUCCUUGUCAGGGUAUGAAUACUUUUUAAUUAGCAUUUUUGGAGUUUUGCCAAAAAAAUUGAUGAAAUAAAUAAUUGUAGACAGCUAUUCUUGUAACUUUUUUUGCUCAUCCACAAAAGCAAAACUUUUGCUACAAAAGAUUUUUCCUAUAACUUUUUCAAGCAAUUUCUAUAAAUGAUAAUACAUUCAUUGAGGUAUGUAACUCCCCACCAGUGUUCAGGUCUGCAGUUCUUUCAAGGCAAUACUAUACUGGACUUCAUACCUCUAACGUAGUUGUUGUGUUAAAAAAAUGCUUAAAUAUAAUUCUAAAAGGUAAAGCUUUUUGGUCUUAAUUUAUUUAAAUGAUGACAAAGUUAUUUCUGUGAAUUUGUAUGAUACUUGUUUGAAAAUCUGUAUUAUAGUGGUGUUUCAGUACCUUCACAUAUAGGGGAAUUGUAACUUCUAUUUUAAAAUACUACGUUUAUGAAAAAAUAAGUGUGUAUUUUUUAAAACUUGGUUUAUAUGUUGUGUAACAUCAGUACAAGUACAUUUAUAUACAGCAAUCGGUAUUGUUUAUCAAAUGCACAUUGUAAUUGAUUGAAAUAAUAUAGUAAGCAGAAAAGAGGUAGAGAAGAAUGUGUAAAAGAAAAAAAAAGCAGAACUGAAAAUAGUCACAUUUGGUGGACAAAAAGAACAGCGAGUGGGAGUAAACUGAGAUAGCAGGCUUUGAGCAGUGAGGGGGAGAUGAUUGAAAGAAUAUUCCCGUGCAUCCCCGGAGUGUGGAUUUUAAAUUUUUUCUAGUUUUAGAAAUUUCAUGGUAUCCUCACCUAGUGGAUAUGACAGGAGGGGCAGCUUGCUUCCAGCAAAGCAGAUUUAGGUAUCUGGCCAACAAGGUUGCAAAGGCCAAGGAGUCAUAUUGCCUUCAUUAACUUACAGAUGAAGUAAUUUCUAAAUCAUUAAAUCCACUCCCAAUCCAGAGACACUUGACUAGUUUCCUAUCAAAAAGUUUCCUUAAUUCAUGUAUUCAGGAACUAAAUGAGAACGACACACAGCAGGGUAAGUGUGAUUGAGAUUGAUGCUGACACACCCUGCAGGAUCUAUUUAUUUACAGUCAGGCCCACGUGACGUUUCCAGUAGUGGCAACAUAUAUUAAAAUGUACAAAAAGCUAAAUAAAAUGCUACAAAAACUAUAAACAAAAGUUGCCGUGAACAUGGCUAGCACUACUCCGCUAAUCAAUGAGGAAUCUAAAAUCUCUGAACUAAUCCUCAUUGAUGAAUAAUUAAACAAACCCUGACCCCAGUUAAACACAGCGGUCGGCAGUUUCAAUUUCUUCUAUAACUAAACUCUGAUGCUGUUUAAGACACAGGGUGAUCAGAGGAUUUCAGCUUGCAGAGUUCUUGGUCUGGAUAGCGUGGAUGAUCUUCAGUCCGUUGACGUAUGGCCUUGCAGCAGCCCUGAGGUGUGUACUCAGGGUCUUUUUAUACCCGACACCCGCUAAAACAAACCCACCUGUUGAUUAUAUCCCACAGCAGGCAAUCACACACAGCAGGCAGGAUCUUGCAGUAGCGUCAGGUUAUUUUAUUAACUAUUUACAAACAUAUACACUAUUUACAGCACACAAAAAAACACAUACCUUCCCCCUUGUGCAAAGCACACAUGACCACCUUCCCCCUUGAAUGACCCUACUGCAUGGGUAGCGGUGACACUGCAGCGUCUGGUCUACCAGGGAGAGCGGAACAGGAGUGGGUGAACGACUGCCUGGGGUGCCGUGACCUGGGAUUCAGGCCCAGUGAUGAGAGGUUCAGACAUUAAGGUCGGAUGUCUGGAGCACAGGCCAAAGCAGCUGACCCAUAGGCCCCGGAUUGGUUCUCAGGCGGCAGCACCUCCUCUAGCCCUUGGGGACGGCAGCUCCUCCUCUAGCCCUUGGGGACGGCAGCUCCUCCUCUAGCCCUUGGGGACGGCAGCUCCUCCUCUGGCUGUCGGGAUGGCAGCUUCUCCUUUUCUGGGACGGUACCUCCUCCUCUGGCUCUCCGGAGGGCAGCUACUACUCUGGUCUAUAGGUUCCUCCUGUUCAAAACAGCUUGAAGACCGUGGUGAAACAAUAACAUGCUUUACUCUGCCUAUUGAACGCAUCCACGUCCCAAUUGAGAAGGUAUAAAAGCAGGUCUAAAAUGUUUGUAUUCUGUCUGUCUGCCUCUGGGUGAGAGGCCUGUGAGAAGUUUUCAGAGCUGGAAAAGAGUAAAAAAGGUAUUUAAUACUUGUACUGUGUAGUAUUGUGUAAAUCAGUAAAUGGCUGAGCAUGGCGAUGCUUAAUUCAGACUUGUCAAAGCUUAGUGCUCCUCCAUGUAGUUUUGUUUGUUUUCUUAAAGGGCCAGUGUGGCCUACCUCUGUUUUAUUGUAAUAAAGUGAGCAAGCGCUUAA